UCUAUUUAUUUUCGAGCAUUUGUUUUCGUCUGUAAUAUGUUUGGUAUGAAGCAACUGUUGGACUACUGUUAGAACAUUCAGCUUUAAAGUUCAAGAAAUCGUUUGAAAAUCGGGAUAACCAUUUUUCUAAUAAACGUGCGGAGAGACAUGGUGCGACCAAUCCGUCUUGAGACUCCUGGUCUGUUGCUUCUGGUAGCAGCUGGGAUGUCCGGUGUAGUCGGACAUAUGCCACCAAAUUCCAACCCUUUCAACCCGCCAUACUUUGGUCGGCAGCAUGGGUUUCGUGGAUACGGUCAGGGCUACAGUUCACGUCCGAGAUAUGGAACGUAUGAACGAUACUUUAUUCCUGGUAGACAGUCCCCUGCUGGUAGCGGCGGCAGAGCGCAAAGACGCGACAGAGCAGGCUUGCCGUCGGCAUCAUCUAGUGAUUAUCAAAGAGGUUACUCAGCUAAUUAUGAACGAAGAUCUAGUGGUCGUGAUUUUGAGGCAGGUGGUUCACCAGUGGUAAGUGGUCGUUACGGCACUCAAAGCAAUGAUAUGUUGAAGAGAGGAAACGCGUAUAUUAAUAACUACGGCAAAAGCAGGCGUAUAGCCGAUAGUCGUGAUAGAAUUGCGGGAAGGCAAGUUAUUCCAGUGUCACCUUAUGUUGAACGAAAAACACACAGAGCCGGUGGUAACCGGCGUUCAACUUUUCAACACAAUCCCAGAGAUACCAUUAGUAGCCGUGGUCGUAGAAAUAAUUUCCAAGAUGUUAGUUUUCUGGAACAUUCCACUGGAAACGACGUGGUAGACUUUGGCAACAAUGAAUUAAGACCGGGAUUUCAAAGUAAUCGUAAUUUUGACAUGGAUCUUAGACGGAACAAUGAGAUCAACAACAUGGGUGUCAUUGAAAGAGGUCGUCGAGUAAGAAAUGACAAUAAUAGAUUAAAUAAACAAUUAAACCGCAAUGCUUUUAGACGAAGUCGAGUGGAUAAUAUCAACAAUUUUGGUUUUGGAAGAGACUUUAUAAGGGAAAACGGAAAUGGAAGGGGAAACAACUAUGGUAGAAAAAGUGACAGCGGCUUUGGCAGAGGAAACAACGAAAACAAUAGGGGCGCUGAUUUUAAAAGAGACAUGGGUUUGAAUAAUUGGAACAGAAGGGACAACCAUUUCGGCAGUAGAGGGAACAAUGAUAAUGGUGGUAGUGGCUUAAGAGGAAUUGAUGGGAACAGAAGGGACAACCAUUUCGGCAGUAGAGGGGGCAAUGAUAAUGGUGGUAGGGGCUUAAGAGGAAUUGAUGGGAACAGAAGGAACACUGACUUUGGCCGAGAAUUCAGAGGGGGUAACAGGAACAACAUAAACAACAUAGUUGGCGGAAACUUGAGAGUGGACGACGGAAAUGGUAGAAAUAACGACUUAGGUAGAGGGUUUAGAGGUAACGAUGUUAACGGCGGUAACAAUGGCUUUGUUAGAGACCUAUAUGGAAGAAGCAGUGGGGCUGCUCAUUUGGGCAGACAAUUAAGAAGAGGCAAUGACGACGAAAGAAACAACGACUUUGGCAGAGAAAUUCGAGGGGACAGCAGAAACGGUAACGAUUUUGGCAGAGACCUGAGAGGAAGUAGCGGGAGAAACUCAAAUGUUCAAGAUUAUUCAAAUAACGGUGGCUCAAAUGUAUUACGUGAGUUUACGUUCAAUGACAAUUCCGGAGUUCCCUAUAACGUUUCUUUAAUACCGAAAUCUAGUGGUAGAAAUUCUGGGCAUUCUAUUUUUUCUGGAUCAACGGUUGAUCUAACAUCUUUGUCUAUGGCUGAUUCAUCUUCAAAACAUUUACGACGGGAAAUAAAAUCUGAUAACAAUGGGCAGACGACCUCCAGUGUUAAAACUACAGACACCUCAACAUCUACUACAAACAAACCCCGCGUAAAUAAUGCACGAAAUAUUGGUGGAAAUAAUAAAAUAAGUAAACCUGGGUCUGUUGCUUAUAUCGGUGGCGGUUCGUCUUCAACCGACACUAAUAGAAAGGCUACAGAAAUUCACACUGGAAAAGCCAUAUCCUUCACAUCUUGGGGGGAAAGGGACACGAAAGGAUCGCAGACGGCUUCGAUUAAAAGUAAUGCAUCGGAAGAUCGGAAUGUUUGGCUCACGUCUUUGUUAAACAAUAAACGACCUGUUGUACCUAGCCAAGGCAUUGUGCUUGACAAUAAGCAGCCAGAAGCAAAUGUGUUGAUAGGCAGCGUGGUAAAAGAACAAUCGUCCUCGGCACCUUUAGCACCCUCCCUACCAGACCAAGUCGUGUCGACUGAUAUCGUACAUUCUAAUUCCCUAUCAUUAUUGUCUGGCAAUGAUGAACGCUCGUCUAGUGGUGUCUCGGGCAGCAGGACAGGGAAGACUUCGGGAAGCACAGCAUACCGAGGGACUCAAUUGGCAAAACCACAAAUAACUCAUCUACCACGCCGACCGGAUGUCGCCGUAAAAGGCCAGUCAUCGUUCAUGCGGGGAGCAGAUGCGUACAGAACUAAGGCAGACAUUGUUAUUAGUCUCCUUUCAAAUGAUUGAUACUCUUAAAAUUGUUUAGUGAAACAAGCAAUCGGAUAUUUGCAACUUUAGACUGAUUAUAUUACAAUUGUACUGACAA